CAAGUUUGGCUCAAGGGGUCCCACCACCUUUUGCCGCGCAAGGUAAUCUUACCCGCUUGCCCGCCGACGCGCGAGGCAGUCCGUCGCGAGGGCAGCACGUCCAAGGAUGGCAUCAGAAAGUAUCACCACGCCGGAUCCUGAGGGGGAGCGUGAGGCAUUACGUCGUGAAAUUUUGGAGACACGGAAUGGGCUGUAUGAAAAAGGAGGGACCGUUAUUUUCAGUCAGAUUCUUGGCCCCAUACUUCACCAUGGGUCCAGUUUGAUCUAUGCGCCCGAUGAGGCGUUAUGGAAGGCACCGGGAAACACGGGAACCGCGAAAGGUGCGAUGAAGAAAUUUUUGGCCCCGUUGACACCUGCGGCUUUGAAGCAACAUACUCUUCGAAAGAUCUUCUUCCUUGUUGUCUUUGGUGCGGCUGCUGUCAUGCUCAAGAAACAUUCAUUGGAGAUCAAGUGUUGGACACAGAAUACCUUCCUGGGCUGGGCUGAGCUGAAUAAGGAAAUGGCGUGGUGGAUGAGGGGUUUGAGCAUUUGUCUAAUGAUGGUAUUGCGACUUGCUGUCAGCAAUGUGCUUCCAUUCACAUCCCCCGCCUUCGCGUACCUCAUUGCGGUGUCGCAGCCCAAAGGCGAGGAUUGGAAGGGAGUCUUCUACCUUCUGAUUUGCAGCGCACCUGCAGGCGCCGUAUUGCCCAUGCUUGACGCGAUUCUUUAUUGGGUCACGAGCCCGUGUAUCAAAGAGCGGGAUGACAAAAAGAACCAUUUCAUCGCCACGGAAUUCUGCAGCGCCUUGACGGACUAUUUGCCUUUCUCCUUCUGGGUCCGUCCGUACUUCAUGGAACCAGCAUUUGAAUCAGUACACAAGGAUGCAAAAAAAUCGCCAGAGUGUGCGGCCGCAACGGCAGUGUUGGCAGGGCAUUUCAUGAUUUGGUCUGGCCCAGCGACAACCAUGUACAGUCGUAAAUUUGUCCCCGAUUGGUUGACUGCGAUAAUGAUCCAACCGCUUGGGAUGACCGAAGAUGUCGCCGUUGUCCUUGCCACAUGGGCUGGUGGAUCUGCAAGCGACCGACAAAAAGCCGAGCUUUCCCUCUAUGUCUUCAUGCUGGCCAUGAACUUGGUGAAUUGCAUCACCGACUGGGACGAGAAGAAACACCGUAUCAGGCGUCACUGUCAGCGCUUAAUCGUGGCUUUACUAACGGUCAGCUUGUUUUCGUUCAGGUACUAUAAGCAGCAAUGGUUCCCGUUCUCAGACGAGGAGUUCCAAUUCACCACGACGACCGUAACAACAACGGGUGGGCCACAGUGUCAAGCCAUUCACUCAAAUGUCAAGUUCAUGCUCGAGACAGUUGCAUGGGUGUCUGCCAUGGCCGUGCUGUUCCGCAUCAUUGCAAAAGUACUGACGUAUCCAUGCUUCUGUGAAGAAACACCCGUGAUGUCUGUUGAUAACGGGACAGAGCCCCUACUGAAUGCGAAAGCUUGAUGUUGCUGUUUGUUGCUAGCCGUGCUAGUAGCGCAGUCUCGGCUGCACCUAGUUUUGAUCUCUUUCUCAGACUGGGGUAGGGCUCACGCUGCCAGCCAUUCUGACCCCCCCCUCCGUCUGCCCCCAGCUCACCGGCGUGACAGGCAGGUGACACGAGGCCAGCGUUGUGGAUGGAUGCGGGAGCAGGGGCUUCCAGAUUUGCCCUUGGCGCCGUCGCUGAGGGGUGCGGCUCGUACAGGCGCUGUCCGUGUUUAGCGGACUUGAAUGGUUGUUGGCCACGUGCUCUUCUUAGCGGGCAUUCGCUUCGAAAAAGGCCGCCUGGGACCCUCUUGCGGGCGUUGUUGUUGUGACAGUUUGCAGACAGUCUUCCCCUUCUGGAAUUUGGAGACUGAGAGAUGACGAC